AAAAAUCCAGUACCUAUUUCUUGUAGAGAUGUUUUAUACUCAGUGACGUGCUUUGAUACCAUUAUUAAUCUGUGGUUUUAAAAGUUUGUUUCUUUAGAAUAGCAACAUUUGCACAACUUCUUUCAUUUGUCAUAUUUUGUAAAAAUGACGAAGGGUACCUCUAGCUUCGGUAAACGCCGAAAUAAGACACACACAUUAUGCAGAAGAUGUGGAAGAUCAUCCUAUCAUAUCCAAAAAUCACAAUGUGCUCAGUGUGGAUACCCAGCGGCUAAAUUGCGGUCUUAUCACUGGUCAGUGAAGGCCAAGAGGAGGAAGACCACAGGUACUGGCCGCAUGCGCCACCUCAAGAUUGUACGAAGGCGUUUCCGUAAUGGCUUCAAGGAAGGCAAACCUACACCUAAAAAAGCUGUUGCCUCAUCGUAGACUUAUUGUUUUAUGGGAAUAAAAUAAUCUUUAAAACCAA